UCUUCAAUUGACCCUAAUAACCAGUCUCGGUACAUCCAUUUACAACAUAAUAAGUCGUUGAGCAUAUAAGAAUAGGUGUAAGUAGGGACAGUUAGUUAAUUUAUACUGCCGAUCUUACUUGCACAUAUACCUGAAAUCGCACUCCAAUGGCGCCUGUUAUCGAGAAAAUUAGAGAAUUAGGCUGCUUUGAGCUUGGUGAAGGACCCCAUUGGGAUAACGAAUCGCAAAGUUUAUACUGGGUGGAUAUCGUAAAGAAGACGAUUCAUAAAUACAUACCAUCUCUUAAAAAGCAUACUCAUAUAAAAGUGGAUAAAUUUCCAUCUCUAAUUGUGCCCAUAAGUGGUUCGUCUGAUCGUUUCAUUAUUACUUUGCAACGAGAAGUAGCCGUCCUUACCUGGGAUGGUGUUAGUUCCAGACCUACUAGUAUAGAAACGAUCGCUAUUGUUGAUACCGACAACGCUUUAAAAAAUAACAGAAUAAAUGAUGGCAAAGUGGACCCUCUUGGUAACUUAUGGGCAGGCACUAUGGCCAUUGACGGCGAUACACCAUACGGUCCAAGAACGGGCACUCUAUUUUGCUUGAGCUCCAAUAAAAAAAUCAGAUAUUUUGAAGAAAAUGUGGGCAUAUCAAACGGGCUUGCUUGGAGUAGCGAUUUAAAAAAAAUGUAUUACAUUGAUUCGGUUAAAAGAAGAAUAGAUCAAUACGACUUUGAUGCAACUAACGCGUCUAUCACUAAUCGUCAACCACUAUUUAGUCUGGAAAAGCAUAACAUUCCAGGCUUUCCGGAUGGCCAAACUAUUGAUGCUGAUGGAAAUUUAUGGGUCGCCGUGUUUCGCGGAAAGAGAGUGAUCAAAGUUAGUUCCGCUAAACCUGAAACGUUACUGGAUACCGUAAACAUUCCAGACCUCCAGAUAACAUCAGUUGCCUUUGGUGGCCCACUUUUGGAUGAACUGUACGUAACAAGUGCUAGUCAUAUUGCGUGGCCUACUGAAGGAGAAGAAGACUGUAUUAAAGGGCAUAUUUAUAAAAUCACAGGUUUAGGUGUUCGGGGCUUGCCAGCGAAUAGGAUUAAAAUAUAGUAUGUAGAUAAGAAGGCAUUUAGUGCAACUGUAGACUGAGAAAAUCUGUUCAUAUUGAUAAACUAAUCUCCAUGCUUUUUUUGUUUAUUAGUAUAAUCAUAAUAAAAUUUGAUCUUGUAGUUAGUGUAGCACCGUUAUAAAAACUGGCUUAAGUUAAGUACGAUUCACAAUGUAUAAAUUAAUUAAACGCAAUCCUUCGAGAA